AUGGCGGCAAUUUACGACCCGCCGUCAAAUGUUCACCACAAGUUCGUUGCGCGGAGGAGGGGGGAGGCCGAGAUGCCCCUCGCCUUCCGCAGUGCGCUGUUGGCGCUGGCAAAAGCUGCUUUCCCAAAGAUGGACCACGCUGGAGUCGACUCGCUGGUCCUUGAAAGGGAAUGCGCUUGCCAGAUAAAGUACCCGCGACUAUGCAUGCAAACACGAGUGACUUGCACUUCCAAGUUCAAGUUUCACGGGUUUUACAAGCGUCGCAAAUUACUGAUGCUCACUCAGUACGACAUUGAGCGGCGACGGCAAUACACUAUGAUGAAUGGGAUGACGAGCCAGCUGCAUCUGCCACAGCCAAGGCUGAUGGCCUCUGCCUCAGAGUUGUCCCUCUCUAAGAGCCCUUCUCUGACCAGCCAGGUCCACGCUGCCGCCAUCAGGGAUCGCUCCGCACUGCAAAAGAUUGUUGCAGCAAACCCAGAGUUUAGGGAUGCUCCGGAUCAGUUUGGGCGCACGCCGCUCAUGUAUUGCGUGCUGGCCGACCGGCCAGAGUGUGCCGAGGCCCUUCUCAAGGCUGGGGCCAACGUCAACAAAACGGACAAGAGCAAGCGCACCGCUCUGCACCUCGCUGCACAAAAGGGGAACUACCGGAUCCUGAAGCUGCUACUAAGCCGCCGAGCUAGUCUGCUACAAAAGGACCUGGAGGGCAUGACCGGCCUCCACCUGGCAACACGGCACGAGACCCCCAGAUGCCUUGCUCUCCUCCUCAAGCACACAGAGCCUGGUGAGGUGGAUGUGCAGGACAACCAGAAGAGGACAGCACUGCACUGGAGUGCCUACUACAAUCACCCGGAGCAUGUGCGGAUGCUCAUCAAGCACGACUCCAAUAUUGGCGUACCGGACAGUGAGGGCAAGAUACCGCUGCACUGGGCAGCCAACAACAAGGAUCCCUCGGCCGUCCACACUGUUCGUUGCCUGCUGGAAGCCACGCCGACCGAUUCCAUCCUCAACUGGCAGGACUACGAGGGACGCACGCCCCUCCACUUCGCCGUGGCUGAUGGCAACGAGGCAGUGGUGGACAUCCUGACAUCGCCGCAAGUCUGCAACGUCAUGGCCUACGACAACCUCUUCCGCACCUCGCUGCACUGGGCCGCGCUGCUCGGUCACGCUAAAAUAGUUCACCUACUGCUGGAGAGGAACUCCUCUGGCACCAUUCCCUCAGACAGCCAGGGAGCCACGCCCCUGCACUACGCUGCUCAGAGCAACCAUGCGGAAACGGUGGAAGUGUUCCUUUCGCACCCAUCGGUGCACGACGAACCUGACCUGGAGCGCCGCACGGCGUUCAUGUGGGCGGCUGGCAAAGGCAGCGAUGCCGUCGUGAGCACCAUGCUGCGCCUCAUUUCCAACCUCGACGUCAACCUCGCCGACAAGUACGGCGGCACUGCGUUGCACGCGGCCGCGCUUUCCGGUCAUGUGAGCACGGUGCGUCUGCUGCUGGCCCACGGGGCGCAGGUGGAUGCAGCCAAUGUCAUGAAGCACACGCCGCUUUUCCGCGCCUGCGAGAUGGGCCACAAGGAGGUUAUCGAGACCCUGAUUGAAGGCGGUGCGCGGGUGGACUUGGUGGACCAGGAUGGACACUCCCCUCUGCACUGGGCAGCUCUGGGUGGAAACGCAGACAUCUGCCUUAUCCUAAUUCGGAAUGGUAUCCACCCAGACGUGCGGGACCAUGUGCGCCGCACCCCGCUCCAGUGUGCGGCAUACGGAGGCUAUAUCAACUGCAUGGUUGUUCUGAUGGACAGCCAGGCUGACCCUAACAUACAGGACAAAGAG